AUGACCAACCUAAAAGUUAUUCUCACCUUUGCUGCUGCUGUUACCAUGGCCCAUACUACCUUUACUGCUGUGAAUGCUGCCAGUCUUCGCUCGGGAGAGGAGAAGUUUCUUACCAACUUUGCCACUGACAGCGUCAAGGCCGAACGCCUCCUUUUGGAGAUGGACGGUAGUGACGAAGACGAAGACAAUGUCCGCAAGACCAUGGGCAACAAAAGCCCCCCAAAGAAGACGGAGGGUCGCAGGGACAUAGAUGAAGACAGUACGGAAAGCAUUGAAGGUAAUCGUUUCCUUGUUGAACUCGUCGACGGUGAGAGCACCGCAACGAAAUACGGUGCAAGAUUCAAUGGAAAACGCGUUCUCGCGGCUGAUGAAGACGAGGAGUCGGAAGACAGCAAUGAGGAAAGCUCUAGUGAGAAACUCGAGGAUGAGGCUGAGACUGAGACUGCGACUGAGGCUGAGACUGCGGCUGCGACUGAGGCGGAGACUGAGACUGAGGCUGAGACUGAGGCUGAGACUGAGGGCCCCACUAUCGAUGGCGUCCGUUUUUUGACGGAAACCGACGUUAAUGAUAGCGAAGAGAACACCAGCAGUGAAAGCGUUCGUGAACCUGUGUCGCAAAUGAGACAAAGAACGACAGAAGUGCCAGCACCGGCGCCGACGUCGCCAGUAGCGAGAGACGUGCCGACUGCAAACGCUUCCUAA